AUGGACCGUCUCUGGAUCCUGAGCUGCACUCUGUGUGUCCUCCUGAGCUGGAUGCAUGUGGAUCAAGCAGUGGCUGAACCCCAGUACCUGGUGGCCAUUCCUGCAGUUAUUGAAGCUGGAGCUGAGGCCAAAUUCUGUGCAACUCUCCGACAGCCCAGUGGGACUCUGGUCAUGACUGUCACUUUGAAGUCCCGAGAGAAGAACACGACCUUAUUCACACAUACCUCAAAUGAGCCCUUUCAAACCUGUGUUCAGUUUAAGGCUCCUUUGGUACAAAAGGAGGUGCAAAUUUUUCAGGUGGAGGUACGAGGAGACACAUUUUACUCCAAACAAGUCAGAAAAGUGAUGAUCCAAGCGUAUGAUCCCUUCACAUUCAUCCAAACAGACAAACCCAUCUACCUCCCUGGACAAAAAGUGAAUUUCAGAGUCGUUACGAUGGAUAAUAAAAUGCGACCUGCCAAUCAGCUGUAUGAUGUCAUUGAACUUCAGGAUCCAAAUAGUAACAGGAUUGGACAGUGGCUAAAUGAAACAUCCAAUAGCAGAAUACUGCAGCUUUCUUACUCCUUGGACACUGAGGCCCGUGAGGGACCGUACCAGAUCAUUGUGUCAAUGGGUGAGACGAAAAUAUCUCACAACUUCAAAGUGGAGAAGUAUGUUUUACCCAAAUUUGAUGUGACAGUAAAUAUAUCUGAAGAAGUGAGUAUUGGGCAGGAAGACAUUGAAGCUGAAGUGUGUGCAAAGUACACGUAUGGACAGCCUGUACCAGGACGUGUUACAGUUAAUGUGUGCAGACCUAUUGAUAGGUACUUUUCCCGUGGUGUAUCGGUGCACAGUGAGGAUGAUUUGGCGCUAUUGCAGAUUGCGCCCUGCCACACAGAGACAAAGCAGGCAGACAAGACUGGCUGUGCAACGUUUUCCUUCAACAUGUCAAUUUUUACUAAAAUGGACCAAAAGGUGCUUCAACAUGUUCUGGAUAUCAGAGCCAAAGUGGAAGAAAAGGGAACAGGUAUUUCACUCCCUCAAGAGAAGAGAAUCAGGAUUUCUUAUGUCCUUGGAAAAGUGUCUUUCAUUAACAUGCCCAAGGUUUGGGAACGGGGAUCUAAUGUGGAAGGAAAAGUCAGAGUAGUGUACCACAAUAAUACACCAGUUUGUGACGCACCGGUCUACCUGUUCACGGGACAAAUGUGGCGAGCACGCUCACUACAAAAUCUGACAACUGACAGCAACGGUGUGGCCUCAUUUUCUUUCAGCACUGAUAACUUUGACCAGGAUAUCCAACUCCAUGCAAGCCUGACACCAACACUGGGCUACCCAAGAUAUAGAACUGCAUACUAUGACAGGGGAUUUCACACAUUAUCCAUGUCCCAGCCGUCUUCUCCUGAUAUUAAAACAAUCAGCUCUCUAGAGGUACAGACGAACGAUAAAGCAGUGCCCUGUGAUGCAGAAGAAGACAUAUCAGUAAACUACACUAUAGUGGGAGAGUCUCCAGGGUCUGUGGAUGUCAUUUAUCUGGUGUUGUCCAGAGGAGCUGUCACCAUGCAAGGACAAAAACAGGUUGAAGUGCAAGAUAGAUCGGUGAAUGAGGGCCAGGUGUCCUUUAAAGUCAGAGUGUCUCCUGAGAUGGCUCCAGAGUUCCAGGUUGUGGCUUAUGCCGUCCUGCCAAGUGAGGAUGUAAUUGCCCACAGUGCUGACUUCUCUACUGACAAAUGCUUCAGCAACAAGGUGUCAGUGGAGUUUUCACCGUCUUCAGCCGUCCCAGGUGAAGAGACCAACAUGGAGGUGACGGCCCUGCCACGUUCUCUGUGUGGUGUGAGCGCCAUCGACAAGAGCGUUCUCAUCAAGGAGCCUGGGAAGACUCUGGAUGCAGAUAAGAUAUUUGACUUGUUCCCACUCAAGAAAUCGUCAGGUAUCCCAUAUGAGGUUGAAGAUGCUACAGAAUGCCUUAAUGUGAGACCAAAAAGAUAUGUUUUGCCAUACCCCAGUCAAGGGCAAAAUGAUGCUUAUGCAGUUUUCCAGAAAGUCGGACUGAAGAUGGCAACAAACUUGUUUAUUCGAUUGCCUUCAUGCGUCAAGUUCAAAGGAAAAGUCUACCAUGAUGGCUCAACCGAAAAUUAUCACGUCUACGACUACGAUGUGGUUUCGAAUCUUAUUGGUACUUCUGGUCCUGGUCUGGGAUCAGUUCCUGAAGCUGCCCCAAUAGAGACAGUUCGCUCUUUCUUCCCUGAGACUUGGAUCUGGGAUCUGGUGGAAGUUGGAGACGAUGGAAAAAGGGGCGUGUCCCUGACUGUCCCAGACACCAUCACCACCUGGGAGACGGAGGCUUUCUGUUUGUCCUCUCAGGGUUUUGGUUUGGCUCCUCGUAAAGAAAUGAAAGUCUUCCAACCUUUCUUCCUUGAACUCACCAUGCCCUACUCCAUCAUCCGGGGGGAGCACUUUGAACUGAAGGCGACUGUCUUUAACUACCUGACCAGCUGCAUCAUGGUUACUGUCACUCCUGGGCCGUCCUCAGAUUACACCCUCACGCCUCUCUCUGGUGACCUGUACACAUCCUGUUUGUGUGCCAACGAGCGUAAGACCCUCAGCUGGACCAUGAUCCCAACAGCCUUAGGGGCUGUGAAUGUGACUGUGUCUGCUGAGGCCGUAGCGUCCCAUGUGUCAUGUGAUAAUGAGGUUGUGAGCGUACCAGACAGAGGUCGCAUCGACGUGGUCACCAAAUCUCUCAUAGUGAAGGCUGAGGGAACUGAGAUGACAAAGACGUACAACUGGCUUCUUUGUCCAAAAGGAAGCCCGCUGACAGAGGAAGCAGAGAUACAUCUGCCUGAGAAUGUGAUAGAAGGAUCUGCCCGCACUUCUGUAUCAGUCCUGGGUGACAUCCUCGGCCGGGCUCUGAAGAACCUGGAUGGAUUGCUGCAGAUGCCGUAUGGAUGUGGGGAGCAGAACAUGGCUCUCCUGGCCCCCAACAUCUACAUCCUCCACUACCUGAAAGGCACACAGCAGCUCACCACAGCCAUCAUGGAAAAAGCUACUAACUUCCUCACCAGUGGAUACCAAAGACAGCUCAACUACAAAAGUGCUGAUGGUGCUUACACCACAUUUGGAACAGGACCAGGAAACACUUGGCUGACUGCGUUUGUGGUAAGAAGUUUUGCCAAAGCUCAGUCUUUCGUCUAUAUUGAUCCCAGAAAGAUCGAAGAGUCUAAGUCCUGGCUGCAACAUAAACAACAAGAAAAUGGCUGUUUUGAAAAGUCUGGGAAACUCUUCCACAAUGGAAUGAAGGGUGGUGUAUCUGAUGAAGUGACUCUCAGUGCGUACGUUACAGCUGCCUUCUUGGAAAUGAAUACAUCCCAACAUGAUCCUGUGAUGAAGAAGAGCCUGGCUUGUCUCAAGCAGUCUCUCAGUGACCUGAGCAACACCUACACUACAGCUCUGCUGGCCUAUGUGUUCACUCUGGCAGGAGACGUGGAGACCCGAGCUCACCUUCUGCAGCACUUAGACACAGUUGCAGUGAGGGAAGGAGGUUUCCUCUACUGGUCUCAGACAGCAGCAGAAACAUCAGCCUCCCUGUCAGUGGAGAUCAGUUCUUAUGUGCUGUUGGCCAAACUCAGCGCCUCCCCGACUGCUGAGGAUCUGGGAUAUGUCUCUGGUAUUAUCAGGUGGCUGACUGGGCAGCAGAACUAUUACGGAGGCUUCUCCUCCACUCAGGACACGGUGGUGGCUCUUCAGGCUCUGGCUCUCUACUCCACUCUGGUGUUCAGUCCUGAAGGUUGGAGCACAGUGACAGUUCAGGCUCCCAGCAGUCAGCUGACAUUUGAUGUAAAUCAGAGCAACAAACUGCUCUACCAGGAGGAGGCGCUGCAGGACGUGUCAGGAAAAUACAGCCUGGAGGUGAAGGGCACUGCAUGUGCUUCAGUGCAGAUUUCUGCCACCUACAACAUCCCAACACCUGCUGAUGUCACCACUCUCAGUGUGAAAGUCCAACUAGAGGUCGACACCACCAGUGAAUCUGCUAGACCCAAAUUCACUGUGCAAAUACAAUCGCUGUACAGUGGAAAGGAGAAAACUACAAACAUGGUGAUCCUGGACAUCAAAAUGCUCUCUGGAUUUUCCCCAGACCCCGAGUCUUUGAAGAGUCUCAAACGUGGCUCCCUGGUGAGUCGUGUUGAACAAAAGGAGGAUCAUGUUCUGGUGUACUUAGAGGAGUUAUCAAAGGACACACCCAUCAACCACAGCUUAGACAUCAUCCAGGAGCUCCCAGUGGACAACCUGAAGCCAGCCGUGGUCAAGAUCUAUGACUACUACCAACCAGGUGACCAGGCUGAGACCCAAUACAUGUUUGUGUCGUGAGCUGCAGUUUGAAGAAGGUGUGGCUGGUCCUGAGGUUUCAACCUGCAUUUGAAUAAAGA